AUGGCACUGAUCAACGCGUUCAUCAUCUUUCGCCGCGUGCAAGGUGAUCGCACACCCGGGUCAGCUCCGUCAACACAUGCGCACUUUAUGCGACUAAUGCAGAUGUCGCUGUUGGCUGUCGGUAUGUCGGGCUUCGAAGGCGACUUGUCAGUUCGCGCAUUAACCGACACUCCAAACUCCCUUUGCCGACUCGAUACAGACUAUCGACUAACCAUUCGACUAUACAAGUUUAAGGUACCGUACCACACGGAGCAAGAACGGAAAAGAGUCAAGGAAGCGUCGACAGUACGCCUGAAAGGUCUGCUCAUUGCUGCGACCAGCAAAGAAUCCAUGGGAAACUACCUUAUAUUGUGUUGA